AUGGCCCCCGCCCAACGGCGAGAGACGUCAGAGGCCGCCUCAAGGCGGUUUCGACCUGCACCGCUGCUGAUUCGGGAGGAAAGCGCAGAGAGAGCUGGAGCAGCCGGAGCCAAGCCCAGCCUCAUCUCCUUCGAAGGGCCGAACCUCCUCAUAUCCACACCCUCUUCUCCCUCCACGUCUGCACGGGCAAAGCCUAUGCGGCGGGCUUCCAGCAGCGGCAGGCUGAACAGCCGCCCUCAGCUUACACCUUUGCACAGCCGAGUGCCCAAGGGAACCUCAAGCUUUUCUGCCAAAGACGACCUUUGUGUAACGGGCACUGCAACAGAUCUGGCUCGCGUUAUCAGCGCCGGAAAUCUUCCACGGACGCCUGCAGCCAAAGUGACGGCGAAGAAGCCGGGCUACCUUCCGAAGCUGGCAGGCAGCCCAGUGCUCGCCGAGACUGAAGACGCGCGGCGUCAGAGUGCACCAGGCUCUAUGAGUGGGUCAAAGGAGUUAAAGGAAGUCGAGUUCUGCCCAACGCCGAUGAACACAGUUCAUGUGAUAACGCCGUACUCCAAAGUUUACGGCACGCACCCCAAGCUGUUCCACUACAAUCGCAAGGGCGAGCAGGAACUGAACGAUGCAGGGGUGGCGGCGAUGAUGGAUGCCGAGGCAGAGACCGAGAAGCUCGCUUCCGGUGAGACGCCCGAGAGCGUUCAGCUGUUCCAGCAGCAGAGCAGAAUAGAGGGUCGGUGUAGGCGUGUCCAGGCGCUCCAACGAUCCGUGGUGCAGCGCCGGGAUCUGGAUGCCUCUAUGAACGAGCGUGCGGAGGCUCAUGAGGAUCGCUGCAGGGCUAUGCAGGCCACCCUACAGGACACUCAGCUGGAGCUGGAAGCUGCGGCAGAGAGAGCUGCCCUGGAGGCCGGUCUAUUGGCAGGUUCUGCUGCAGCUGCAGCUGGCAACAAAGGGGACGCGAUGCAGGAUUUGGCGUCUGCCACGGUGGCGCGGAAUGCAGCGGAGCACCGAAAGCGCUGGCUGAAGGAAGAGUUGAAAGCGGUGGAGGCUCAGCACCCUCCUCCGCCCACAGACACCGGACCACUCCUUGAGAUGAGGCGAGAGGUUCAGCAACUGCGCUCGCGGCUCUCAGCUUGCGAGGCCGAGGCUUCGAUGCCUGCUGCGGAUGUGCUGGAUGCGGCCGAGCAG